UCCCGGAUGUCUGUCGUGAAGAAGGUUGGCUCACGUUCACCAAACAAAACACAGACGGUAGGUUGACAUGUCUGCAAUCUAAUGGUUUCUGUGGGGAACAAGUGCUGCAGCGGUGCAGCCCAGGCCCUCUAAAGACAUCUAACGUUUUCUCAACAUCUACACAGAUCAAGGGUGGACCCCAUCUGGUGAGAAAUGGCAGAGGGAGGUUUUGACCCUUGUGAGUGCAUCUGCACCCAUGAGCAUGCUAUGAGGCGCCUAAUCAACCUGCUCAGACAAUCUCAGUCCUACUGCACAGACACAGACUGCCCUCAGGAAUUGCCAGGUCCCAGUGGGCCAGUCAGCGGAGGAGGUGACCUGACCCUCCCCAUGGUUCUGAUGGGAUGGGCGGUGCUGGCUCUGCUCCUGUUCCUGUUGCGCCCAUCCAGUCUCAGGGGUUCCCGUCCCACAGGCAAACCUACUGGACCCCACAAUCCAAGACACAGCAAGCAACAGUCUAACCAAAUGCAGAAGUCAUUCAUACUGUUGCUAUGUUUGAGUUGUUAGAGCGAUGGAAGAGAGCCUCCAGCACCCCCUAUUGACUAGCAGUGGAGAGUAGCAGCACUCACCCACCUGCUCUGACUGGAGCUGCACAGUGAAGCUUGAUUUAUACUUCUGCGUAAAAUCUACGCCGUUGCUACGUACGUAGGGACGUGUAGACACAAACCUACGCCGGACCCUACGCCAUAGCCUGACAUGUACCUCUUGAAAAAUGUAACUAUACGUCGCGACGACGUACGUCGCUCGGCCGUGGCUUUGUAGCGUUGCAUUUCCCCCGACUCAUUUCCUGG